GCUGUUACAGCAGAAAUGUUGAUGAUACUUGCAUGUUGCAGGGGUGCACCCACAUGGAAGCCAGCCGUGACGCCCCUGGCCCAAGUGAAGACGACUCCAGAGGGCGUGCCCGUCGCCACCUCCACCUCUCUCGCUGCUAACAAGAAGCCCAUCCGCUACAUCGGCUCCAAUCAUAACAGUGUGGCCCGGCCCUUCCCCGGCUACACAGGCUCCCAGCCCACCUAUGCACACACUGCUCGAGCUGUAACGAGCCUUCACUUUGAGUCUUCAGAAGCGCAUGUCAGUGCGCCUCACAGUGGUUCCUCCUCCAGAAACACCUCUGGUAGUACUAGCCCAAUCAGCUGCCACCCAAUUGCUGGUACUACAUUAUCUUUAAACAAAGAGAAUGCCAAAAAUUUCCUAAAGAUGACUCUUGAUAAAGAAAAUGUUAACACGAUAAAUGUUCACACACCAUACAAGACGCAGAAAUCGAACAGUAACGAAAAUCUGUUUACAAGUCAAUUCCUGAACAACGGAGCAGUUGGGGGUAGCGGUGGCCAUCAGAGGAAGUACUCCUUGGCCAGCAAUACUUCCAGCUGCAGUAGUGAGGCUGACCACGACUCGCUUACCCGGCGCAACAACGAAGUAAGACACCACAGGGCAUUCAAAUCUCCAGUUUACCUCUGGUGGUGGGAAAAAAUGGCACACUGUAUUUAGGUUGAGAUAUUUAAC